AUGAAUCCAGCAUUAAUUCAUGAUAAAUUAUUCAUUAAAACAUUCUGGGAGCAAAAAAUUUUGACACAUGAGAGGAAGACGGUAACCGAAAAAGAAAGGAUGAAGAACAGUGCCCUGUCAAAGCUCCGAGAUGAAUGGCUGGUGAGAAUUGAGAAUCGAACAAAACAUCUCAAGCCUUUUAAUGACACACAUGCUGCAAGAUCAGAAGCCAAGCAGGCGUUAAGAUGAGCUUCUCUGACUUGGCAUUCUUGGAAGCAGCAGC